CACACUCCUGUCCUGGCUUGUGUGUAGCUGUGAGCAGAUGCUGGAGGCUUUUACUGGAAGAGCAGAAAUGAAUGGAGUGGAGAGAUUCAAGCCCCUCUUGAAUGGCCUGGAGAGUUGAACCAAGGUGGCACUGAAGGUGGCAUGUAUGCAGCUGAUCAACGCCAUGAUCUGUCCUGCUGGUGAGCUUGACUUGGGAGUUCCGAUUUGUACUGAGCUGAUGGGUUCUGGACUUCAACACAUCCUCAAGGAGUUGCGAACACUGGAGAAAGGAGAGCUGAAACUGCAAUUGGAUAUAUUUGAAGAACAGUGUGGGGAAGACUCUGAAGACCCAAGGAUUCAUCUAAAUGAUACUCGUGCUCAAAUGGAAUAUCCUUUUGCUAUUUGCUGGGCUGUGGAUCAGUGUGGGACAGGUGACCUUCCUGGAAGGUUUCUCAGCUCAAACCCAGGAAGUGAGAGGCUUUAAAGAAAAGGUGUCUUGGAAGAAAGUCUCUGCUGUUGUCUCUGACGUCCAGCCCAAGAGCUAAGGGUGGUGGCCUCCUAAGUGUUUUGGUG